AUAAACAAAAAGAUAUAAAAACAAUUUGAUUUAUUUUAUUGUUCAUUUUUUUGAAAAAAAAUGAAAAACAGUUGGAGAACAUUUUUGUCCGACGGCCAGGCUCUAUCAAUCAAUCAUUUUUGUUCGACAGCGUAACCUGUUCUGCAAAUUAUUACUUUGUUCGCCCUCCUGUGGCACUCCUAAAAUGGCGCAGAAAGAAAACAACAUGAGCUCUGCACUUGAAGGCCUCAGCAACCUUGUUCGUGCUUUGGAACAGCACAAAAAGAAGCCCGAGCAGAACAGCGAAUCAAACAAUGUUGAAGAAGCUGUACAUUUACUCUUCCGUCCAAAUAGACAAGAGAAAAAUGAACACGCAGAUCGGAACACUCUCAGCAGACGAUUACCAUCUUCCACCAAGAGACCUUUUACUAAUACCAAUACUUCUAAGCGAAGGAAAUCUGCAACAUUCAUGAAAGAUCUUGUGUUAAUUCCUUCACCAAAGAUUAAAGUUAUACCGAAAGGUGAAUUGAAGGAACAUUUACAAUCAUCAGGAUUUAUUGUUAAUGCCUUCGAAGUUUUACUUGAAGCUCAGGAGGAGGAAAUCAGAGAAACGAUUUUUGAAAAGUUCCAAGAUAAACUUCCAAGCAAGAAUCAAUUUUCAUUUAUGAAACCUGUACAUAAAAAAUUAAUGAAUCCUUCAGGCAUAAAUAACAUAAAUGGAAAAGUUUUAAAGCAUUUGUCUUCUCCUGGUAUAAACGGGUGCAUAUAUAUCAGGUCUUUAAUUGACAUAACUAAAAGUUAUUUUAGUGCAUUCAUCAAUUGCUAUGAAAAGGAAGAAAAGGUUGAAUCUGACAGUGACGAUGGAUUAUUAGAAACGCCAGCAUUUAGAUUAAUUAAAGAUGUAAAUAACUAUACUUCAACAGGCCAAAUUGAGUCAUCAUCUCAAAGUUCAUCAAAGGAUCUUGUGCUUGAACAAUCAGAAAAAAAACUUGGCUGCAGUACAGAAUUUGUGAUGAAGAAUUUGGUUGAUAUUCGUACAAUUCAUGCGGCAACAGGGAACAAACAAAAAAUUUCAAUCAACAGGUCAGAUACAUAUUUAAAAACCACUUUAAUUCAACAUAAACGUGGUCAAAUUGACAUAUCUUACUUCCCAGAAGUAACCUUCGAAAAUGGAGAAGAAGGCAUGGAUGCAGAUGGUCCAAAAAGGGAAUAUUUUUACAUAUUACUUGAUCGAUUGAUACGUGGAGAAGGAAGCAUUCAAUUGUUUGAGGGAGAUAUAAAUCAUAAAGUUCCUGUUCACAAUGAAUACCACUUGGACAGUGAGUUAUAUCUCUAUGCUGGAAAAGUUAUUGCACAUAGCAUUCUACAUAACGGAGGACCAGUUAUUGGUUUAUCUCCUGCAUAUGUCCAUUUUUUGAUUACUAAUGAUAUUGCAGAAGCAUAUUCUGUUGUAACAGAUCAAGAUUUUCCAGAUUUUGAAUUACGACACAUAAUACAGCAGAUACGAUCAUGUGAUGAUGACAAAGAAAUGUUUGCAUAUCAAAGUAAUGAUUUCUUACAGUGUGAACUUAAAGCUGCUGGAUUUGGGCAUUCCAUGCUUACAACUAAGACCAAGGACACAGCUUUGUAUCUGUUAACUAUAUAUUGCAUCUUUAAAAUGAGACAUGAAGAAACAGAGCAACUACAAGAAGGUUUUGAAACCAUCUCCCUUAUCAGUGUGCUAAAAAACAAUCGAAGCAUUUGGAAAGAUGUAUUUCAAUCCACAUCUGACGUUGUGAUUCAGGCCGAAGAUCUUUACAAUCAAUUUAAGUUACCUAAGGCGAUAAAGGAGGCAGAAGAGAAAGCACUGGUGUUCUUUAAAGACUAUGUUAUGUCAUUAGCAAACGGCAAUGAAGAUACAGUUGAUGAAGCUAUCACAACAAAAGACCUAUUAGUAUUUUGUUGCUCUUCGCCAGUUCCUUUAGAAAAUGGCGUUACUCUAAAGUUCAACAGGAGAGGUAAACCAUUGCCUGAUGCAGAUACGUGUCUUUCGAUACUUUCGAUUCCAAUUUGUCAUGAUGCAUAUAACGAUUUCAAAAAGGCAAUUGAUGCUACCUUACGAUUACAAGGACAGGGUUUUGGACGUUUGUGAGUUUUUAAUAUAUAUAUACAUGGUUUUUUUUCUUUUUGCCGUCCUAAAACGUCCAAAGUUAUACAAACCUGGAAGUUUAAAAAGAUUAUUAUAUAAGAUUAUUAUAUAUUAUAUAAAAAGAUUGUUAUAUUAUAUGUUGACAUUAUUUUUUAUUUUGCAUUUCUGCAGUUUUUUUUUACUUUUCGUUAUAUAAAAAGAAGACUUAUUGACUUAACUAAUUUUCAUAAUGCUAAUAACAAUAAAAGGCCUGAAAGUUUUUUACGUUAGU